AUGAGAAAUCACGGUGAAUGUAAAUUGUUUGCCAUCCACAAUAAAUCAAAAUGGUCGACCAAGGAAAACUCUGGACACAAUGGAUGCCAUCGUAUUGUUCCGAAGCCUCCCUCGUGUGAUUUUGCUCAACAUUUGUUCUUUUCAGUGCCUCCAGCUACAUGUUCCCACCAAAAAUCAUUUGAGUUUUGCAAGCUGCAGGUAUGUCUUAAGUUAAUCAUUGGAUAA